CUCUCUCUUUCUCUUUCUCUUUCUCUUUCUCUCUCUCUUUCAGAUUUCUGUCUCUCUCAUCUUUCUCUCUCCAGAAGGGAAAACCCUAAAGACCGUUUGCACCCACCAAUUGUCAUGGAUGAUGAUAUGUUGAACAUGUCCAAUUGGGGUUAUUAUGAACCUUUCAAAGGUGGACAUCUUGGACUGCAGCUUAUGUCUGGUAUGACAGAUCGUGACACAAAACCAUUUUUGCCUGGUCGUGAUCCAACUAUGUUAGUGGGUGCAAAUGGAACUUUUCAUCCUCGAGAUUGUGUUGUUUCAGAACCACCAAUUCCAAUGAACUAUGUCAGAGAUAAUUGGAUAAGCCAGAGAGAUAGGUUUUUUAAUAUGCAGCCCACAAAUCCUAAUUAUGCUGUUCUUCCAGAAACAUCAGGAGCUCCUCCAUCCUUGCAAAUUAUACAACCACCUGAUACAUCAAUAGAAGAGAAGGUGGAUAGAAUUGAAGAAUUAGUUGUUAAAAAGGAAGGUGGCCAAUCGAAGAAAAGGCAAGCUAGAGGUUCUAUGACCACUCCAAAAGCUAAGAAACCUAGGAAACCAAAGGAUAAUAGCAAUGUUUCAGUUCAACGUGUGAAGCCACCGAAGAAGACUAUGGAGCUUGUAAUAAACGGAAUUGGUAUGGACAUUUCUGGUUUACCCAUUCCGGUUUGUUCAUGUACUGGGACUCCUCAGCAGUGUUAUCGAUGGGGAUGUGGAGGUUGGCAAUCUGCUUGUUGCACCACAAAUGUGUCAAUAUAUCCUUUGCCAAUGAGCAUAAAAAGGCGUGGUGCAAGGAUAGCUGGGCGGAAAAUGAGCCAAGGUGCUUUUAAAAAGGUUUUAGAGAAACUUGCAGCUGAAGGUUAUAAUUUUGCUAACCCUAUUGAUCUGAGGACUCAUUGGGCUAGACAUGGCACCAACAAAUUUGUCACUAUCAGGUAGAUAGGUGCUGCUGGGACACAACAAUUGGUCUGUUUCACCUGUAUAUACACCUGUGUGAUCUUUCACACAGAUGUUAUUUGUUAUCCAAGAAUUUUCUGUUGCAGUACUUCUACCUAAAACUUGGACAUUCCAGUUCUUUUGUUCUUUUUCCCUCUUCGGCUUAUGUGAUA